AUGGCGGAGCGGAGCCCGGAGGCGCUGCCGCAGCUCCGGGCGCAGCUGCGGGACGCGCGCCACGCCAGCGCGCUCCUGCAGACGGAGGUGGAGCUGUUCGAGAAAUGGUACCGUACGAUGGAGCCGUGCGCCCCGGCGCUCCGGCACCAGGCGGAGCCGCAGGACGCCGCAGAGGAGCUGACACAGACAACUGGCAGGUACAAAUCCAAGCUUCACAGUGUAACAGACUGUCUUGUAGGCCUGACAGUGGAGCAGAAAUGUGAGCUGGCUCAGUGGGAGCUGAGUGAGGUGGAGAAUGAGAUUCAGAGGAUGAAGGAGGACUCGGAGCAGACCUUGCAGAGCCUCCAGGCAGUCACAGAAGAAGCAGAUGUUUGGUGGACUGAUGUUAAGCAAGCCAUCAAAGACUUUGAGAAUGACAUCAUCAGCGUAAUUUCCUGCAAGAGAGGGAGUAUCAUAGAUUCUCAGAAGCUGCUGGGAUACAUGGAGGAGAAGAACCGCCAGAGGGAUCUGCUGAGAGAGAAGUUGCGCUUAAAAAAUUACUUGCUGAAGGGUUACAAGAAGAAGCUUCAGAAGCAGCUCAGGCAGAAGGAGCAGGUGGGAGAAACACCCUGUGAGGUCCGUUUGCAGCAGCUACAGGUUAGGAAUGCCCAGUACCAGAAGAAGAUGGGUGAGAAGAACCAGGAGCUGCUGCAGUUAAAAAUUACCUCAGCAAAGACUGUCCAAGUCCUCAAGUUCUAUAAAGGGAAGCUGCAGGAUGCUGUGGAAACAUCCACAACUCUGAUGAAAGACAUCUCCCAGAGGAAGCAGCUGCUGGAGAAAACUGAAAGAGAAGCUGCUCUGGUGGAGGAGCAACAAGCCCAAGCUGAGAGUGUGAACUGGCAGCUGCAGAAGCAGCUCUCAGACCACAGAGCGCCCCCUGUGCUGAAUUACCUGCAGCAGAAGAUGGAUGUUACCGACCUCAAGAGCAGCCUCAAAACUUGGCAGAGGAAGGAGGCUGUUGCCAAGAUGUCCUUGCAAAGCUACCGCAGAGCAUGGAACCAGGUCAACAUGUAUGGUAACCAGUACUAGGCUGUCUGGUGCUGCAAGGCGGGCAGUGGAAGCUGCAGAAGGAGCCAACCCGGUGGGGAAGUUUGCUGUGAAGUGGGUGAAUGUAGCACCCUGCAAGCUGCAGUGAGAUGAAUCCCCUUCUGCAUGAAAUUAUAAAGAAACCCAUAGCUCUGUUGUGAGACCAUCUCUUUGGUCUGUUCCAGCAUGUGCUGGCUUCCACCAGGCUCUGCUGCCUGGCCACUGUGCAGGCCCUGCUGGGUCAGCCAGCUCUGCUUUGGGUGCUUCCCCUCCCUCCAUCACCCAAGCAGUAUCCUUUGGUGAUCAAACCUGACAUGUUUGCAGGAACUGUCCUCUUGGAGUCCUAGUGGAAUAAGUUAUCCAUGGGACAACAAUGUGCCCUUGUGGCCAAGAAGGCCAAUGGAAUCUUGGGGUGCAUGAGGAGUGUGUCCAACAGGUCUAGGGAGGUUCUCCUCCCCCUCCACUCAGCCCUGGUGAGACCUCACUUGGAGUAUUGUGUCCAGUUCUGGGCUCCCCAGUUCAAGAGGGACAGGGAUCUACUGGAGAGAGUCCAACAGAGGCUCUGAGGAUGAGGAAGGGACUGGAACACCUGCCUUAUGAGGAGAGGCUGAGAGACCUGUGGCUUUUUGGUCUGGAGAGGAGAAGACUGAGGGGGGAUCUAAUGAAUGUCUAUCAGUACAAUGAGGGCAGCAAGAAGGCAGGGACAACCUCUUGUCACUUGUGCCCUGUGACAGGACAAGGGGCAAUGGAUUCACACUCGAGCCCAGGAAGUUCCACCUGAACAUGAGGAAGAACUUCUUUCCUGUGAAGCUGACAGAGCCCUGGGACAGGCUGCCCAGAGAGGUGGUGGAGUCUCCUUCUCUGGAGACUUUCAAGACCUGUCUGGAUGCCUUUCUGAGUGAUCUGCCCUAGUUUUGGUCCUGCUCUGGCAGGGGGGUUGACCUGUUGAUCUUCAGAGAUCCCUUCCAACCCCAAACAUUCUGUGAUUCUGUGAAUAUAAACACCAGCUGAAGUCUAUAAGCUCAUACUCUGCCUAGUCCUCAGGAGAAGCAGAGGGAGCAGCAGGCCAAGAGGGAGAAGCCCCAGAAAGGGGACUCUCCCCAGCAUACCUCCCGCUUUAUAAUGACCAUGAGGUGAGUGGGCUGGGACAACCUAGUCACUCAGCUUGGGGCAGCUGCCCUUACUGGAGCUUCUGGCUGUCUGGGGCUACUAAUGGCUUGUCCUUCAUGGCUGGCCUGUGCUCCUGUCCUAGGGAAACCAGGACAGGUCCAUAGCACCUCAUGCUGCCCUCACUGAAAUGCCUUUUGGGACCCAGUUCUCAGUCCCUCUAACCUGGCACAUGGUGGGGCUGGCAGCAUCACACUUGUGAGAGACAAAAAGGACAGGGUUGUGCCUUACCCGUGUCCCUCGUGCCAUGGCUCUCAGUGGCUGUGGACUUCACUGGGAGGAGAGGAGGGCAGGUCACAGCCUCUUGAUCAUUACCCUCAGGGUAUUCAACCUCUUGACAGGGAUGGAGAGCAACAGCAACUCCCCAUCAUCCAAGAGGAAGCAGUUAAUUACCUGUUGUGGCACCUGGACACUCACAAGUCUGUGGGGCUAGAUGGGAUUCACUUGAGAGUGCUGAUAGAGCUGGCAGAGGAGCUUGCCAAGACCUUUCAGCAGUCCUGGUUAACAAGGGAGGUGCCAGACGAUUGGAGGCUUUCCAGUGUUGACACCCAUCUACAUGAAGGGCCAAAAGGAGGAUCUGGGGAACUACAGGUCAGAUCUGUCAGCCUGACCUCGGUACCAGGAAGAUCAUGGAGAAGCUCAUCUUGGGUGCACUCACGUGGCAAGUGCAGGAUAAUGGUGAGAUCAGGCCCAGCUAGGAUGGGUUCAUGAAAGGCAGGUUCUGCUUGACCAACAUGAUUUCCUUCUAUGACCAGGUGACCCAACUAGUGGGUGAGGGAAAGGCUGUGGAUAUUGUCUGCCUGGAUUUUAGUAUGGCCUUUGGCACCAUCUCCCACAACAUUCUCCUUGAGAAACUUGCAGCCAAUGGCACAGACAAGUCGACUUUUCAGUGGAUUAAAAACUAGCUGGGUGGCCAGGCACAGAGUGUUGUGAUAAACUGAGUUGAAUCCAGCUGGUGGCCAGUCACCAGUGGUGUCCCCAGGGCUCAGUAUUGGGGUCAGUUCUGUUUAAUAUCUUUACCAAUGAUCUGGAUGAGGGAUCGAGGGCAUCCUCAGCAAGUUUGCAGAUGAUGCUAAAGUAAGCGGGAGUGUUGAUCUGCUGGAGGAUAGUAAGGCUCUGCAGAGAGAUCUGGAGAGGUUAGAUUGAUGGGCUGAGGUCAAUGAGAUGAGGUUUAACAGGACCAAGUGCCAGGUCCUGCACUUUGGUCACAAUAGCCCCAAGCAACGCUACAGGCUUGGGGAAGAGAGGCUGGAAAGCAGCCCGGUGGAAAAGGAUCUGGGAGUACUGGUGGAUGACAGGCUGAACAUGAACCAGCAGUGUGCCAAGAAGGCCAACGGCAUCUUGGCCUGUAUCAAAACCCAUGUGUCCAGCAGGAGUCGGGAGGUGAUCGUGCCCCUGUAUUUGGCCCUGGUGAGGCCACAGCUUGAGCACUGUGUGCAGUUAUGGGCACCACAGUGGUUAAUGAAGUCAGCCUGAUUCUGAAGGGAGACAAAGCCCCAGCCUUGCCACCGGCUCUGCCCACAGCAAGCUGGGCACAGCCCUUCAGUGGGCUUGCACAAAGCCCCCCUUGUGCAGGAGAAGACCCGGCCAAACAAGUGAUCACCUUGGCUGUAUGUCUCCUGGUGCUUCACCAUUUAUAUUAUUUGCUGGAUUGUUCCUGCUACCAAGGAAGAUGUAACAAGCAAAAACAUCUGAUAAAACUCUAUUGACCACAUUAAAACACCAACCCAGGCAAGUAGAGCUGUUGCACAGGAGAUCUGAGCUUACUUAUAAGAGGGCACCAAGUGACCCGAGACCAACUUUGUGCAUUGGCUCAGUACCUUUUGUAGGAUACUGGAAUCAGUGAACCCUUAAAAUCCCUCACAGUCCUGUCCCACAUUAAAUUCCUUCCCUCCCAAUAAGAACAGACGAUAGCAAAGAAAAAGAGAGGGCAAGUAUUAAGCCCAUGCGGAACAGGAAGUGUCUGAGGAGACCUUUGUUCCACUCUAUAGCAAUGGUGAAAAUAGCUGAUCCAGGAUAAACCCAUCUUGCAGCUCAGAUUUGCCAGUUUGCCAUUUGACACAUGUCAGUGGGAGCCACCCUUCAGACACUUACAUAUCAGAAGUGACCAAGACAGAUCCUUGCAGCUCCCACAACUCUGCUUGACUCCCUCAGCUUCACUAUGGACAGAAAUCCACCUGUAAUUACUUUUUUUUGCCUCUCCGUAGCCAGACAGGAGUUUUACAGCUUCAGUGGAUUCUUCCAUAAUAUGGAUAAGGUACUUCAAAGCUGGGGUUGUAUUGCCAGCUAAGUGUUGUGUAGAAAGGAAGGCAGAAACUAGAGGGCAACUAGGUUCUGGGCAGGUCAAAGGACAAAUAGUCUCCAGGCUGAGUCUUUCUGGCAGUGAAUGAAGUAUAAUCCAGGAAAAACAGCAGCUCCAUUAGAGGAGGGCCCAGGACCAGGCUGAUCCCGUUCAUGUGGGGUUGCUGCACAUCACAGUAGCAGCCAUCAAAAAACUAUUUCCACAGGGAGGACAGUGAGAUCUGUCAGGAAAAACAAACAGCAGUUCUAGCAGAAGUCUGGUCAGUGGGUAACACCAUUCCCUAAGGGAUGUGCAUGACCUUAACUGGAGCACAGAUCCUACUGAAUUAGCUUUUCUAUUCUUAGGAUGAUGACGCAAUUUAUUUCUGAAAUGUGCCUGUGCCAAGGGACUCUAUGUCUGUGCACUUCAUAAGAAAACUCUUAAAACCCCCAUUAAUACUUAAAUCUUAUCAGGCUAGCACAGAAAAAGGAAAGAGAGGGUCUUUCCCUUCCUACAGAGCCAAGAGUGGCCAAAUUUACAGGCAUUGUGGGAAUUCAAAGAGUUUGAAAUUUUUUAAGGGCUGGAAGGGAUGGGAAGGAUUAGAGAUGGUCCCAGGUUUUGCACUCAGGAUUCAUUGGUGUUUGACAGAUCAAACACUGAGGGAUUCUGCCCCCAGACAAUGGGGGUAGAAUCAGGUUUUGAAUCAGGGCAGGCUCAGUGUGGAUGGGGUGACCUAGUCCACCCUGACUGGGCUGCUCACAAAACCCUCCUGACUCAGACCUCACCCACUGAAACUGGAAGUUCAGGUAUAAAUAGCUCAAAGAGCUGAUUGAUGUUUUCUCACCUCUCUGUUGGCUCUAGAUAUUAGGUAAAGCCUCCAGAGACUAAGGGGGUGGCUUCCUGAUGGACUUACAAACAAGGGAUGAUGGUUUUUGUGACAAAAAAGGAUGCUCUUUGCAACACAACAGGAAUUGCACCACCAUCCCAGCCUGAAGCAGAUCCUUUAGGAUCUGGCCUCUAUUAGUCAGGCCAGAAAACCAAAGUGAGCAAUUUUAACUGUCAGUCUAAAACAGCAAUCUUUGUGCUUUAAGUGUUAAACAUCACUAAAAUAACACUAGCAAGCGCUCUGUGAUCAGAGCCCUGAUAGAUUUAUGUUUGUUGGCAGAUUCCAUCUUAAUGUCAAUCUUCCAUACCUGAGAUAGUCUAGCAGUAAACAUUUCAGAGUGGAAUAUCUUCAGUGGGGUGGCAAUUAGAUACUGGAAAAGAAAAGAUCAAGAAUCUGGCACACUGUCCUGUGUGAUCAUGUCUUUGCCUGGCUCGGUACAAGAGCAGGUGAGGUGUAGUUGAAUGAGUGUGAAGGAUCUAGCACUACUGGGACUUCACUGACAGAUUUGCUUCAUAUUAAAGUGGAACUUUGGUUAAAAGAAAUUCAAAAGGGGAAAGAAAGCCUUGAGAUUCACAGCUUCUCUCAGGCCACCAGUCUGUAGCACUGUUCCCACAGCAAAACCAAGCUGGUCAGCCAAGACCUCUGUCCCAAGUAUGUUUUUUUUCCAGCUUUGUUAACCUGUUUUUCUGGUGGUUCCAUCACAUUGGUCUAAACAACAAAGAUCAGGAGCACACAAAUUCUCCUUACUACUCCAGUCCUUGCCUUGGAUUGGGGCACUAGUGGUUUCCCAGGGCUUCCCCGGAGCAGUACCUGGAAGUCACAAAGCCAUGAAUACACUGCAGAGCAAGGUCACAAUUAAUGGCCCAUGACAGAAGACUGGCCAAGGCACGGUGCACAGAUAUUGCUAUGAAUAACUCUACCCCCUGGGUGCUGGAUCCUUUGUAGUAGGGACAGAGGCUGCCACACCCUGUCCACAUUUGCUGCAGUGCCCUUUUCCUCAAAGUGCACUUUACCUUCUACCUAAACCCACACUGUUUCCCAGCCGGUUUCCUACUCCCUCUGAAACUAAACAUUUUCUUCAAAGGUCAGAUUAAGGUCUCUCUUCUAACCACUGACAUUUCUGGCUUAAUCCAAAGCUUACUUUGAACCCGAGGUAGCAGGUUGUCAGCAUGGGCAGGAGGUCAAGAACAACAAGCACUUGAGCUGCUAAUGCAACAGGGACCUGUCCACCCAGCACUGCCAAUACCAGCGUGCUGCAGGGCUUAUCUAAUCAGUUCUCCAAGCUUGAGUGUUAUUUUGCAACAGGACUCCUCUCUCCAGAACUCACAUGAGCAUUUAAAACCACUGGCUACCUAAUGUGCAGUGCAAAGAUGAGUCCUUGGGUCUAGAUGGGCACAAGGCACCCAGCUUAGGUUGGGAUCUGUAGGCAGCUAGAGCCAACUUCAAAAUCCUUGCUGCUUCAUGUGAAGCUAUGAGAGUACACAAAGGAGAGGUUCUGGCUGUGACCAGGAUGGCUGCUACUGUGACCCAACUUGCAGAAGCACGUUGAGGGAAGGAACGCAGCUGGCCAGGCUUCCCCUUGUCACACCUGAGUGAAGUGAGGGCUUCUGGACUGUCUGUCCACAGAGCACAGAAAAACAGGAGGAAGGUUGAUAAAUUGAUCCCAGUGCAUGGUUGGUGCAGUUCUGGGCCACUCACCACAAAAAGGACAUUGAGGGGCUGGAGUGUGUCCAGAGAAGGGCAACAGAGCUGGGAAGGGUCUGGAGCACAAGCCUGACCAGGAGCAGCUGAGGGACCAUAACAUGCAACUUGAGUCUGCCUUUCAUGAGCACUAAGUACUUGAAAUAUGAGAACAUUUAUUUGGCUUCUGAUUUCUUGGCCUCAGAAGCUUGGUUUUCUGAACCACUUUUCAAGCUCGGCAAAAGCGCUUAUCACCAAGAGACUGAUAAAAGAGUCCUCCACAAAAUGCUCGUGACUUUGUAGGGGAUGAGUAGUCACCAGAGUGUCAGAGAUGCUUCCAGUCCUGACCUCUUCAUUUAAAAGGCUUGGUAUUUACUCUGUUGCCUUUUCAACACUGCUCAAGCAGUAAUACGGUGGGAAUCCUGACCUGUGUCCCCACUCACCUGCUGUUGAUGGGUGACAGGUGACUGUGCUACUCUCCUGGAGGCUUUUGGGCUAAACCACUUGAUCAUUCUUUACCUUUCUGAAUCUGUAUGUGAGGAUGAACAGCCUCCCAGAGGCACUGAUAGAAAGAAACACAUUCUGGUUAUUUAUACAUGUAAAUAAGAUCCCAUUUCCAGCUGAAAUAUUAAGCAGUGGUUUGGAAUCUUCCCCUUCCUAGACAGCUCCUGGAGAUGCUCAGAGCCUGGGAUUCCUGGACCUUCCCAGGCCCUGGGGUUGAAGGGACAGAGGUGGUGAUGUAAGCUGAUGGGGAAUACUAACUCCUGCCCUCAGUUUCCUACAGUGGGAAUCGGAUCCCUCCUUAGAGAAGGGCCACAACUGAGAUUACUGGAGCUCCAGUGGUACUUCUGAAGAGCUUGUUCCCAGCAGUACAAACCACACGCUUACAGGAACUUUGACACUUUUAAAUUAACAAAGUUAUUUCAUUUCCUUUGAGACUAUGCUCUAAUGUGAAGCUUGCUCAUUAAUUACUUCAAAUAUCAAGGUUUAAUGACAAUGCCCCCGAGCUAAAUUUCAAGGCAACCAAAAUUCCAGAGCCAUACAGGAGACAGACAGACAAUCCCACAGAAAGGUAAUCCUUCAAGAAUGAUGAUGAUGCUUAAUGUUAUUGAUUUCCCAGUGGUAAUAUUUCAUCUUUCAAACACAGAGCACAUUCCCUGCAGAAGAUACUCUUGUUCGUGUCUCACUGUCUGUGGGCUGGAGUGUCCUACCUGGACCACAGCUGCAGGAGUGAGCUGCAGUCCUGCAAGAAGAUGAAUUAAAACCAGACUUCAUUCCAUAGCUCCAGAGAAAACAGACACCCAUCCUACUGGAUGGACAUCCUUCCCCAUGGGUGAUGUACAGGUGCAUCAAAAAUCAAAUUGCAUGUGGGCUGGAGUGGAGAAUAGCCACGGGAAAAGAAAAAGGGCCUCCUCUAUGUGUAAAGAAGUAGAUAAAACAAUAUGAGACAGUUAAGGGCCAGGGCUUGCUGUGAGCAGCACUGUGAAUGUUGACAAAAAUCAGAACACUGUUUAUCGUGCGUUUGGUGUGCGAUUGGCUACAUCCUGGGAACCCAAGGUCUGUGUAUGUGCCAAGGAGCAGGUGUGAGUGCUAUUUACAUUCUCUGUACUUGGAUUGCUUAUUCUCAGUUCUCAUUGUAAAAGUAUAUAAGGGAGCAUUUUUCUCAUAAUAAACGAUUUUAUUGCUUCUCA